AUGGAGAAUACUGACGUCAUCAUUGUUGGAGCAGGUCCAUCUGGUCUUGCCCUGGCCAUCGCCUUAGCCUCUCGCAAAAUCAAAUGUAUCGUGUUGGAGAAGAACUAUGAGAUAUGUACCGACCCGCGAGCGAUCGCCAUGGCUGGUGAUUCCCAGCGCAUCGUCAACCUGCUCGGCGUCAACCGAUCCUUAAUGGAAGAGAUAGGACAGGUCAUGACCUGUAUCCACUUCCACCAGAACACUUUCACCUCCAAACCUUUUGCCAGCAUCGAGCAUGAACGCGACUGGCUUGAGCAGGCAUUGCCGCCGGGGUUUGUCUUAUUGCAGCCCGAGCUAGCUCCAGAGAAGAAAUUCCGCCGCUCGAUACAGGCGUCCGAGUACGCCGAGCUGAGGCUGAACUGCACCGUGACAGGGAUUCGCGAAGUGGAUGGUGGCGUCCAGGCGACCUACCAACGAGAGGACGGCGAGACGAUAGACAUUCACGGCAAGCAUCUUGUUGGCGCAGAUGGCAAACGUGGAUACGUCCGCAAGGGAUAUCUGGAGGCCAAAGGAAUAAAGCAGCUUCCGGGACUGUAUCAGUACGACGCGACUUGGAUUGCAGCCAACCUGCGCAUCACUCUCCCAACACCCACUUCGCACCCUUCCUUUCCGCCGUGGAAACUCGGAUACCAACCCGAAGAGUUGUGGGAUAUCUUCUGGCCUGGGGGAUUCCAUUUCUGCACCCACGCUAAGAUGCCUAUUGCAGCAGGUCGAUUCGGGCCGAGAAAUCAGAAAUACUGGAGGUUCGAAUACGAGUUGCCCCCGAGUUACAUGCCCGACGACUUUGAAGAGCAUCUGAAAAUGCAGAUAAUGCCACAUAUAACCAUUCCAGGACACCUAUUCAGUCGCAAGGGUAUGAAACUAGACGAACCGGUGUCCUUCCCAUGGGACUGCGUGGAGGUCUUGCGUUGUGCACCAGCCAGUUUCUCACAAAAAGUCGUGAAUCGGUGGUUUCACGGCAACAUCUCACUUAUAGGUGACGCGGCCCAUGUGUUCCCCCCUUUCGGCGCCCAGGGGAUAGCGAGCGGUAUACGGGACGCGCUGGGCUUGUCAUGGAGGCUCGCACUCCUCUUUGGCCCCCAUUCGUGUUUCUCUACACCAGAACAUCGCGACGUCCUGCUUGAGGGAUGGUCACGAGAGCGGCGUAAAGGUGUGGACGUCUCUAGCAUCGUCACGGCGAGGAGCGGCAACAUACUCCUAAGCAAGUCUACUUCCCUCGUGGGCCUCCUCAAAGUCAUUGGCGGAGUGCUAGACCUUGUACCCUUUGUCCGAGACAGGCUGCUACGAUUGACCUUUGACGAAAGUGAUGGUCACCGUGGAGUGGACAGCGGCUUCUUUUUGGAGAAGGAAGGGGGAGGUGUCAAGACGGCCCAGGUGUGCCUUAAUACCAUCACUGGCGUCACUCAGCUAUCUGAUGAGGUCAUCUGGAAGCAAAGUGGCGUGCUUACCCUUCUCCUUUUGCGUCACCCCGACAAAGAGGAGGCCGUGGGUAUUAAGGAAAUACUCGAUGAAGCGGGCCUGCCGCCGUACCUUCUCUCGGAAGAUAUUAUUGAACUAUGCGAGGGUACUUUUAACGAUGGCACCGAAUUGCUAUCGCAUUUGGAGACUAACAAAUUCUUUCUCGGCACUGAGGAAGACACCGUGAGGAUCAUGGCCCAGCCACUGAUGCCACAUUAUAACCCUUCUGCUUUCCGGGAUCGGUUCCAACCUGCAACCCGCUAUGCACUAAUCCGUCCGGAUCUCAUUGUGUUUUCACAAGCCCGAAGCCCGAAGCAGCUGGGGUUGCAAUUAAAUGCAGCCCUUAAGAUGUUAACUUAA